AUGGCAGCGCAGCAAGAUCCCACAAAUUUAACAAAUGAUGAGCAGGAAGCUGUACAGAAGAGAACUUUCACGAAAUGGAUCAAUUCUCAUUUGGCCAAGCGCAAUCCCCCGAUUAUAGUCAAUGAUUUAUUUGAAGAUAUCAAGGAUGGUGUGAUGCUCCUUGCCCUCUUGGAAGUUCUAUCUGGACAGAAUCUGCCUUGUGAACAGGGCCGUAAGUCAAAACGCAUCCACUGGGUGAACAACAUCGGAAAAGCUUUGAAAUUUCUCGAGGGCAGGCGGAUUAAACUGGUCAACAUAAACGCCACUGACAUUGUUGACGGGAAGCCAUCGAUUGUGCUGGGUUUGAUCUGGACCAUCAUCUUGUACUUCCAGAUCGAGGAGCUGACCAGUAACCUGACGCUGCUAACAUCGCUUUCCAGCAGCACCUCCUCAGUGGACAGUGUCGCCAACUCCGAGACUGGGAGCCCCCCGUCUAAGAGGAAGGUUGUCACCAAAUACAAGGACAGUGCUAAGAAGGCUCUCCUGAAAUGGGUACAUUACACUGUAGGAAAGCAACUCGGUAUCGAGGUGAAGGAUUUUGGGCAGAGCUGGAGGAGUGGACUUGCCUUUCAUUCCGUCAUUCAUGCUAUCCGCCCGGACCUGACAGACUUGGAGAAGGUCCAGAGCCGGUCGAACCGGGAAAACCUGGAAAGUGCUUUCUCCAUCGCUGAAAAUCAACUGGGAAUUCCAAGGAUCCUGGAUCCUGAAGAUGUGGAUGUUGACAAACCCGAUGAGAAGUCAAUCAUGACUUACGUAGCUCAGUUCCUCAAACAUUAUCCAGAUCCACGUGAGACCGAAAAUGAACCUCUUGAGGAAGAGCGAGAAGACAGAUCGAUGCUGAGGGAGGCGAGAGCUUGGCUUGAGCAGUUUGAAAGAGACAUCACGAGGAUGCAAGUCGCCGAGGCUGGGCUCGAAGAGCGAUACGAGCUGUUCAAAAGUUUUCAAGGCCAGUAUGAAGCUAAAAAGAAGCAUGUUGAAGUUUUAAUUCAACCUGCACAGAAAGAUGGGAAACUGUCGCUGGAUCAGGUCACAGUGAAGCAAGUCUGGGAGAGAGUGUCAGCCAGGCUUCUGGACUGGCAUAUCAUGCUGGACAAGUCACUCCCUGCGCCCCUGGGAACCAUCGGAGCCUGGCUGCACAGAGUGGAGACUAUUCUCGGGGAAGAAAUUGUCAUCCAGCAAGCCCACGACGAAACGGCCAACAUCAUCCACAGGAAACUGGAGCAGCACAAGGAUGUGAUAAAAGCGUUAGAAGGUCACAAACAAAUAUUCCACCAGAUCCACAGGGCAGGGUCAGUGAAUGGGGUCCCGAUCCCAGCAGACCAGCUGGAAGAUGUAGCAGAACGGUUCGAAUUCAUUACAACUGCAUCCAAGCUCCAUCUAACGAGGCUGGACUUCCUGGAGUUGAAAUAUCGCCUCCUGGCCUUCCUGGUGCUGGCUGAAACCAAACUCAAAUCGUGGAUCAUCAAAUACGGCAGAAAGGAAUCCGUGCAACAUCUCCUCCAAAAUUACAUUUCAUUUGUCGAGGGCAACAAGUUCUUUGGACACUAUGAGGUCACCUUCCAGUCUCUGAAGCAGGCAGCUGAUGCCUACCUGAAGGUUGAGGACUCAGCCGAAGAGCGAGAGAACGUCAACAAGUUCCUGAGCGACUCGAUGGUACAGUGGCGCAACCUGUCCGUGGAGGUGCGCAGUGUGAGGAGCAUGCUGGAGGAGGUACUUACCAACUGGGACAAGUAUAGCAGCACAGUGGCAGCUCUACAGGCUUGGCUGGAAGACGGGGAGAAAAUGCUGAACCAGCCAGAACUCGCCAAGAAGGACUUCUUCCGACACCUCCCUCACUGGAUCCAACAGCACUCUGUCAUGAACGACGCUGGGAACUUCCUCAUUGAGACAUGCGAUGAGUCAGUCUCUCGAGAUCUCAAACAGCAGCUACUCUUAUUGAAUGGGCGUUGGAGGGAGCUCUUUGUCAAAGUGAAACAUUAUGCCCGGGCAGAUGAAGUGGACAAGUUGAAGAAGGAGUACCUAGAUGGAGUAUCUGCUCUGAAGACCUUCGUGGAAACAGCGAAUGAGAAACAGAACUCCCCAGUGGACGUGUCUUUCCUCAAUAUCAAGACUUAUGUGCAAGAUAUGGAGGACCUUCAGGCCGAAGCACCCUACCAUUUGCUCCGCCUCCAGAUUGAAGCAGCCAGAAAUAAGCUGGUGGACACGAUGGAGGAAUGUAAGUUGGAACUGGCUCGGGAGAACAAGCUCCUAAUCAGCACCAACAGUGAAGAGCUUAUUGUACAGCACAAGAUCCCAGAUUGGGCGGUAAUUGGGUUUGAGAUCCCAGAUAGGGGGGUAAUCGGGUUUGAGAUCCCGGAUUGGGCGGUAAUCGGGUUUGUGAUCCCGGAUUGGGCGGUAAUGGGGUUUGAAGACCUCCCCAGGAUCCCGUUCAGCCUCUUACCAAACCUGAUGAAUCCGGUCCACCAACAACUGAUUCCCUUCCAGGAGUUUUUCUCGGAGAAAGGGAAGUUCGAGUGGUGCAGAAAGCGGGGCAAAGUGAUCGGUGACCUCUGCCAGAAGCUGCCGGAAACUCGGAAGUAUGAAGGGAUCCGGACAAAGCAUGAAAUGGACAAAAAGACGCUGAGAGAAUUGCAAGGACUUAUUGAUGCCACCUACCAGAAAAUAUUGGAUCAGCCAGACAAAUGGAAGGAGUACAGGACGAGAUACUCUGAACAAUCAAAAUGGCUUGUGACAAAGAACAAACAGCUGACAGAGAUUCGGAAUGCAGCCUCCAAUACCAGAAAGUACGGAGAGUUGAAAUCAGUUCUGGAGGGAAUUAAGGAAGAAGCAAGCCGCGAGGAAGCAAACAUUUUGUGGUUGAGAUCCAGACUUGCUGUUCUCAGGACAAUCUCUUCAGAGAGCGAAGCCAAACGGCAAGAUGAGGAGCUGUCCAAACUCACAGCUGAAUUCAACAGGCUCCUGACCCAAGUGGACGAGUGUGAUAAGCUGCUAUCCAGUGUUGGAGAAUGCAUUCAGCACAGAGACGAGGUCAGGAGCAUCCUGAAGCAAGUCACCGACUCCCAGCAGGAACUGCAGGCAGAAGGGGAGCGAACGCUGGAUUCCAAGAAUCUUCAAGAAGCACAGGAUCUCCACCUGCGUUACCAGCAACGAGCGAAACAGCUUGCGGCGAGGAGACGGGACGCGCAGCAGCUCCUGGCCCGCGGGAGGGAGUUACAGGCAGCUGCCGAGCUCUCUAUGUCCUCCAGGGAAGAACUGCAGAGCCAGGAGGCAGCCCUCCAGGCUAUCGAGAGAGCAGCGGACAAAGAAGAGGGAGAACUGGAGGAGACACUAAAUCGAUGGCAGCGUUUUGAAGAGGAGAAGGGGGAGCUGACAGAAUUCCUGAACCGAGCUGGAAUGGGCACAGAUCACGGUCGCUUGUUUAGCAGCCUGGAGGGCCUCAGCUCAGAGCUCGAGCAAGCAAAGGCCUCUUGCAGAGACAGUGAAGAUAAGACAGCCCAGGCUGAGGGCCUCUUACAGACAUUGGAAAACCUGAAAGUGGGUCCAAACAGCAAACAGUCCCUGCAGCAACAGUCCAGAACGCUGAGAGACAAGGCUGUAAAUGUCCGAGCAAAGCUGCAAAGCGAUGUGAAACAUCUGGAAGAGAUCAAGGCUCUGUGGGUGAGCUUAUUAGCAAGGUUUGAGCCUUUGGGCCACUGGAUGGUUGAGAAACAGAAAGAGCUGAAAGAUGUAGAGGAAUUGUCGAUCCCACUGGAGGAAAAGCUUUCCAAAGUUAAGCUUCUUGUUGAUACCGUGGUGUCAAAGUCAAAAGAGGUUAAGAGCUUGGAAGAGGAGUCCCAGAACCUGGCCCAGUUUGUCACCUCUGGUGAGAUUGCUCGUGUCAAGGUGCGAUUGACCCAAAUAUCCAGGCAGUGGGAAGAUCUCCAUCAACGCACUCAGGAGGUGGGCAGUGAAGUGCAGAACCGAGUCUCCCUGCAACAAAAGCAUGAAGAGGGCCUCAAAAAGGUCCAGCAAACACUGGCAGAGGUGGAGGCCACAUUGAUGGAGAAAACCAACAAAUGCUCCUCAGCAGAAGAGGCUAACCGGCUGUUACAGGCACACCAGGAGUUCUGUCAGACCAUCGACCAGAUAAAAACCCCAAUGGCUUCACUCUCAACAACUGUCCGUAGAGUCAGCAACAGGGAUGAAGCUGCUCAGGAACUGAAUACUCUGCAACAAAAGUACGAGAGGGUGCAAGAUCAGGCCAAGGAAGUACAGGUGGUGCUGGAAGAUCUGUUGUCUCUCUGGCAGAAGUAUGAGAAGGACCUGUCCAGCUUUGCCUCUUGGCUCGAAAGGCAUGAAGCAAUCACAGACUCCUGGUCACCCUACCUCCCUUCUGACCAAGCCAAGCUGCAAAAUGAAGUGCACGCUCUGAAGGAGCUACAAUCUGAGGUGAUGCCCCAGGAGUCAGUCCAUAGGAGCAUUGUGUCACAAGCCAAGGCCUUGUACCCAGCCACCUCAGAGGAGAAUGUGAAGGCAAUGAAAACAAACUUACAACAGCUGGACAAGAGGUGGCAGAGUCUGUCCCACACUGUCAAGAAACGGAUUCGCUUGUUCGAAGAGGCAAUUGAGAAACACCAGCAGUUUGAUGAGUGUUUGCUGAGAUUUUCCUAUUGGGUUGAACGAUUUCUGAGUGGCCUGCAGUCAACCUCCGAGAUCAUUUCCACAGAUCUGCAGCCUGCAUUGAAUCACAUAAAGGACCAAGCCGGAGCUGUGGAACAACAGCGUGCUGAACAACAGAGUCUCAACGACCAGGUGGAACAACUGUGCUCCAUGUGUGAGCCUCAGGAUCAGCUUCUCCACCGCAGGACUGAGGAGUGCUUCCAGCUUUUCCAGGAAGCCAAUCAGGUUGUUGAGCGAAGGAAGGAAGUUCUCGGACAGUUGGCCUCCUUCCUGGAAACUCACAGAGCUGCCGGAAAUGUGCUUCACAGGAUUAGGAAGACAGUGGAGACAGCAACCAACUGGGACAAGGUUAAGACAGAAUUGCUGGGCAAGGAGCUGGGUGACGUGACGCCAGACAUUAAGCAGUUGGAAUCCCAAGCCACGGCCCUUGACGCACUCAUCAGUAAAGCUCAGUGCCAUAUGCAGGACGUGGGAUCCGACUCGAGGACCUCCUGUCGAGUCUUGGCCGAAGGAUUAGAGGCAGAACUGGAGUCUGUCCAGAACCUGUUGGGCACCAAACAAAGUGAGGCCGAAGCACUGAACUCUCUGUGGAAAUCGUUUAGAGAGCGCAAGGAACAGUUGCUGAAGACUAUUGAAGACAUUGAAGAGAAGGCAGACAACGAGAGUCUGAAAGAGCCUACUCUGCCAGCUUUACAGCUCAGAUUGAGGUUGUUCAAUCAGCUGGAGGAAGAUCUCAACGCACAACAGCACGAGCUGCAGUGGCUAAUGGACAAAGCGAAACAGCUGACUCAGAAAGAUAAGACUUUAGCCGCAGAAGCUGAGAAGGAAAUUAACCUACUGGAGGUGACUUGGAAUGACACCAAGAAGCUAAUCAAUGACAUUCAAAAUCAGGCCUCCUUCCUGAUGGGCCUCAUGAGGGACUGCCACAGCUCCAAGGCCUCUCUCCUCAAAGUGAUUGAAAAUUUUGAAGCGGUGGCCGUGAUCAAAUCGAGUUUAUUGGAUCAAGAAGACUUAAGGAGGACACUGUCCAGGCAUGAAGUGGUGAAGUCUGAGUUAAACAGAACUCAGGAACAACUGGAUGAAUUCACCUCGAAAGCCAAGCAACUGUUGGGUGAAUUGAAGAAGAUUCAUGGCUGUGACCCCGUGCCUUUCAAACAAGAUCUGGACAGUGUCUUGGACCAGUGGCUAGAUGUUUCUGAGCGACUCGACGACAACAUUGAGAGGCUAAGUAAGAGUCUCGCUCUGUGGGAGGAUGUGCUCAACACCAGCGAUGAGAUUGACACCUGGUCCAAAAGUUCUGUCUCUGAACUCAAUGAAAUGGUGGGCAACUUGAGUGACAGCCAGAGAAUGGAAGGGAGACUGCUGGAGUUGCAGUCUAACAUCAAAGCUAAAGGGGAGAAACUCAAGACCCUGCAUUCUAAAGUCUGCGAGCUGACAGAGAUAUCCAAAUGUCAGGAACCACCACCUGUACUGCAGGCAGUGGAAGCCGAAUCACGCAAGAAGCUGGAGCAUGCUCAGGAGGUGUCUGAGGCAGCCAGAGAGACGCUGAAAGAUUUUAAUACCCAGAAGAGCCAGAUGGAGAAGUACAUCGAGAACCUCAGUGACUGGUUACACACGGUGGAGCGAUCGCUAUCCGCCUGUGCUGAGGGCCACAAUACUGAGGACCUGAGGAGAGUGAAGGAACUGGACCUGGAGCUGGUUAACCAGCAGAGCAGCAUCGACAGGGCCCGAGAGAAUCUGAACAGCUUCUACCGCAAGUACCACUCGACAGAGCUGGAGGGCUUGGGCAGCACACUCACCGAGCUGAUCAAACAGUACGAAAAUGUCAACCAGCUCUCCUCCAAAACACAAGCCAGGCUCCAGGACGCACUGGAGGAGCAAUUUAAUGGCUUUUUGCAGGAGUUUGAGCAGUGGUUGUGUGAUGCAAGGACUUCAGUGAAGGAAUGUGGUGACCAUUCAGGGGAUGCACAUAUCAUCGAGGAGAAACUGCAGAAACUCGAGGAAUUUCUGACCAGGGCGAGCGUAGGGCAGAACAAGCUGGAUGUUGCAGUGGCCGAAGGAAACAAGCUAGUGCCAUAUUUGCCCAAACCUAGUGCCUCGCAGGUUCAGCAGCAGCUGGCAAACAGCCAAGAGGAAUGGCAGAGCUUCCUGAAUCAGUGCCAACGGAACAAGAGAACUCUGGCAGACUGUGCAGAAGAGCUGACCAGUUUCGAGAGCCUUCACAAGAAUCUGAGCCUGUGGCUGCAGCAGGCAGAAGGUCGAAUGGCCACAGAGUCUAUUGGAGAGAACACAAGGAACAUCCCCGUGAUGCAGGUGGAGGUGGAGAGGAUGGAAGAUUUCUAUGAGGAGAUUCAAGGACGCAGGGACGCUUUCGACAGCUUGUGCCAGAAGGCGCAGACACUGAACGAGCUGGGCUACGGAGACGGAGGGGCCACACGGCCUGCCUUGCAGCUGCUAGCCAGGCACCAGCAGCUGGCCAAGACAGUGAAGGAGAAGCUGAGAGCCAGCCAGCUGGGGCUACAGGAGCACCAGGUCUUCGAGGAAACGCUGCAGAGCACAUGGGCCUGGCUCAGAGAGGUUCAGGGCAGAAUCACGGCCAUCGACAGCACCAUGGGCAGCAAGGCCACGCUGGAGAAACAUCUACUUCAGAUCCAGGAGAUCCUGCUGAUGAAGGGCGAAGGCGAGGUGAAGCUGAAUAUGACGAUCGGUAAAGGAGAACAGUCCCUGAAGAGCAGUAAACAGGAAGCAAGGGAUGCUAUUCAGAGCCAGCUCCAGGCACUCAAGGAAGCCUGGGCCAAAGUUGUCAGUAGCUCAGUGAACUGUCACAGCCAGCUGGAGUGGGUGGUGGCGCAGUGGAAUGGGUUCCUGGAAAGUAAGAAGCAGCUGCAGCAGUGGAUGGAGAGAACGGAGCAGGGAGUGAGCCAGGACCUGGAGCUGCAGAACGACCUGAAGGACAAGCUCUUGCAGCUGGAGAGAUACCAGAGUCUGCUGGUUGACAUUGAAAAGCACUCAGCCAUACUUGCCCGGCUGGUUGAGAAAGCCCAGGAGCUGCUGGAGAGAACUGGUGACCUGUCUUUCACGGAGGAUGCACAGCUAGAGAUGAGGACCCAGUUUGCUGAUAUUGUUGUAGUUGCCAAGGGAAAGGUGAAGAAGCUGGAGGAUCAGGUGCAGGACCAUCAGCAGUAUAACGUCGCUGUGCAAGAACUAACUAACUGGCUGACCUCAGCAAAGGAGGAACUUCACCGAUGGUCAGAUUUAUCAGGAGACUCGACAGCUCUGCAGAGAAAACUGAAGAAAGUCACGGAGCUGAUCGUUUCCAGACGGAAUGGCAAGGAGCGUCUGAACAGAGUGGAGGCUCUGGCCGCGGAAGUGGGGGAGCAGAUGGCAGCGAAUGGACGGGAGGCAUUGGCCAGGGAGUUGGAUACCCUGAGGGCGGACUGGCAGCAGUGGGAAGGGAGCACCCUGCAAGCGCAGAGCGGCCUGGAGACCAUGCUCAGUCAGACCACCAGCUCCGAGCAGGAGUUUGAGGCACAGGUCACACAGCUGGACAAGGACCUGCAGGAGUUCAAGGCCACUCUCGCCGCCUGCUCGCACAGCCUGUCCCAGCUGCUGGACAAAACAACAGACGAAGAGGUUGUGGAAUGCUGGCAGAAAGCAAAGGAGACAGAGGAAGCUCUGAAAGAGGCAGAAAGCAUGAGUGAGUCACUGAAAGCUCAGCUCAAUGACCUCUGCAGAUUUUCCAAGGAUUUGAGCUCACAUUCAGAUAAAGUUUCUUCUCUGAUCAAAGAAUACAACAGCCUUUGUUUGCAGACUGCAAAGUAUUGUCAGAAUAAGGAAAAGGCAUUGGAGCAGCGAUUCCGCAUGACCUUCAGGGAGUUUCAGCAGUGGAUGAUCAACACCAAAAUCACCACCUGCUUCGAUACACCUCAAAACAUUGAUGAAGCAACUGCAAUCAUUCAAAAACUGCAGGAUUUCCUGUCAGAGAGCGAGGCCUGCCAGAGCAAACUCAACACUCUCAUUUCCAAAGGCGAGCUGCUGAGCAGGAUUCUCAGCAAGGAGAAGGCCGAAGCCAUCCAGGCCAAAGUGUCCACUGCCAAGGAGGACUGGAAGAACCUGCUCACAAACCUACACCAAAAGGAAGCUGCCUUACAGAACCUGCAGUCUCAGAUGAAGGAUUUCGAAGCUGGCGUUGGGCCUGUACAGGAAUGGCUGGUUACCACGGAAGCGGCAGUACAAGAGAGCAGCAGCCAGCUGCCUGACCUGUUGGCCAAGAAGAACGAGCAGUUCAGGCUUCAGUCUGUCCUAGAGGAUAUAGCCUGCCGUGAACCCCAGCUAAACAAGCUGAAAGAGAAAGCUCAGCACCUAUGGGAAGACCAAGCUUCCAACAAGAGCUUUAUGCACAGAGUCUCUCAGCUGUCCGCUUGGUAUUUAGCCUUAAGUAACUUGGCCAAGGAGAAGGCACUAAGAGUUCAGCGAACUGUGUCUGAACAUCAGCAGUUCUCGCAGGGUCUGAAAGAGUUACAGGACUGGCUGACUGAUGCCAGGCACAUGCUGGAGUCUUACUGUGCUCCCACUGCUGAUAAAAACCUACUGGACAGUCGGAUGGCAAAGGUUGAGUUACUGUACGAAGAUACUCUGAGUCACAGCCGCCUGUUGGAGACGAUCCAGGCUAAAGGCGAGAGCAUGGCCCAGCACUACGUCACCCGCUUGGAGCUACAGGAACUCCAGGAAAGGUUCGGUAAUCUGAGUGAAAAGGCCAAGGAGGGCACCAGGAAGGCUGAAGAACUGCUUCUGCUGCACCAGGAGUAUCAGCAGGGUCUGAAAUCGUUUGAGGAAUGGCUGGAGCAGGAGAAGGAGAAUCUCUGCUGCUGCUCCCACCUGGGGAAUGACGUCGAGACCCUUGAAAGCAUGCUCCGAGACCUAGAGGACUUGGAGAGGCACUGCACUGAAGGCCAGGCUUUAAUGAGUGCAGUUCUUCAGAGCCAGGAGAAGAUGACCCUGUCCGGGUCUACCUACAUGGAGGAUCGCAUUCUUGAAUCUGCGCAACGGGACUGGCACCUGUACCAGCGGAGGCUGGCUGAGACAAAAGAGAAGGUCAUUGCCACCCUGAGCACGCUCAGGAAGCUGGAGGAGAUGUUCCAGCAGGUGGACGUGUGGCUCUCUGACCUCGAGGGCAAAGUUAACUUCCGGACGGGGAGAAAGUCUGACCGAGACACAAAGCAGACUCAGCUACAGCAGUUACAGUGUGCGGACGAUUCACUUUCUCUUCUGCCGUAUCAGAAAUGGAACGAGGAAAUCCUUGCUCGGAAGGAUGAAGUGGAAAGUGUUGGGUUGCUUGCUCAUCAAGUGCUGGAGGAGAGUCACAUCAACAGCAGUGUGGGAAGUCAAGCUACCCAUCUCGCUGCCCGAUACCAGGGCAUUCUGCUUCAUGUGGUGGACCAGACCAAAUUGCUGAAAGAGGAACUGAGAGCUUUGGAAGAAGCUGACUCGGCACUGGGUACCUACACAGACUGGCUCCGUGCCACCCAAAAGAACUUUAGAAACAUGGCUGUGGCUUUGAAUGUGGUGGACAAGAUCGCCAUGGAAAACAAGAUUAAAAAAUUUGAGACACUGCACGAUGAUAUUGACAUGGGGAACAGCUUACUGAAGAUGAUCCUUGAGAAGAGUGAGAGAGCUAUGGAGUAUCUGGAGGGUCCAGAGGCACAAGGUCUGCGGGAAUCUAUGGACAGCCAUAUUGGCCAACUGAAUGAGUUGACCAGCUCCAUUAGGAGGGAGCAUAGCAAUCUGGAGAAAUGUCUGUACCUCACGAAGGAGUUCCUGGACAAAUACCAGAGCCAGACCAAGUGGUUGGCAGAGUAUCAGGCCAUCUUGCAGAUCCCAGUGGACCCCAAAGUGGAACUGUUUGAGAAGAAGGCCCAGCUGGCAAAGUACAAGCGGGAGAAGAUCCGUUUCGGCAAACUGUUCCAUUAUGGUUGGCAGAUCGAGGAGAUUCUCCCUUUCAUGCUGGGAGCUGACUCUGAGCACUGCACAGAGAUGGGAAAGCUGAGUGUGCCAUUCGAUGGCUUAUCUAAUCCUGCAUUCUUCAGCACGGUGGCUCAGUGGGUGCUCCCUAAAACCCAUCCGUCCGAUCAAGCCUUUGGCCCCUGCUCUGUUAUCUUCUCAUCUAGUUCUGUCAAUGCCAUCCAGCAAACCAUCGUGUCUCAUGAGCCAGGGAUAAAGUUGGUGAUCGAGAAGGGCCAGGCUGUGUUCGAGCUCAUUCACGACCCUGCAGUCAGCGACAAUCUGAAGAGGCUGCAGUCAGAUUACCAGGAGCUGUGCUCCACGGUGAUGGUGUGUGUCCAGAAUCUGGAAGAGAAGGUGAGGGAGCAUGAGGAUUAUAACAGUAACCUGCAAGAGGUGGAGAAAUGGCUGCUGCAGAUCUCCACCAGGCUAGUGUUACCUGACACCACCCAGAGCACUAACCUGGAGAUGGCAACUCAGCAUCUGGCGAGGCACAAGCCAAUCAUGGAGGAGAUAGCCGGCUUUGAACAUGCUCUAGCAAGUCUGAGAAGCAAAGGGGACAGCCUGGUUGCCAACUGCACCGAGGAGCUUCAAGGAAAGUUUAAGCAUCAAGUCCAAGGUCAUCUGCAGGGGAUCCGUGACAGUUACUCUGCCAUCUGUAGCACAGCUCAGAGACUGUACCAGAGUCUGGAACGUGAACUUCAGAAGCAUGUCAGUCACCAGGACACCCUGCAGCAGUGUCAGGCCUGGCUCCAUUCUGUGCAGCAGGAACUGAAGCCCCAAGGCCACCCACCCACCAGCCCACAGAAAUCCCUCAAACAGGUGAAACAUUAUCGGGCUCUGCAGGAGCAGGCAAGUACUUACCUGGAACUGCUUUGCUCCAUGUGUGACCUGUCUGAUGACAGUGUGAAGAAGACCGCAGCAGAUAUCCAACACACUAAACAAGCGAUUGAGCAGCAGCUGAUCAGGUCUCAGGAACUGGCCCUCGGUUGGGAGGAAGUAAAGCGACAGAAGGCCGAGCUGGGAGCUUACUUCCUGGAGACUGAGCAGCAGCUGCAGAGCCUGAGGAGGAGGCCUGCUGAAGUGGAGCUGAAGACUGCUCAGAAACAGGUGGCCCAGGUGCAGGAUCUGGGUCGUCAUUUCCAGUCCAAGCAGGCAAACAUCACUGCCCUCACAGAGAAGGUCAGUACUCUGACAGAAGGCCAUGAAUCGUCCGAACACUCCGAGAUUGGUCAGCUGAGCAACCAGUGGCUGGAACUGUGCCACCAGAUCAAUUCUCUUCUCUCACUGAGAGAGGAGGACCAGCAGAGAGCCAGAGAUUACCACGACCGAGUAGGCGUUGUGGAAGUGAUUUUGGACAAGUUCACAAAAGAGUGGGACAACCUGGCAAGGACUGAUGCCGAGAGCACAGCCGAGCACCUGGAAGCUCUGAAGAAGCUGGCGGGUGUUGUACAGGCUCAAAAGUUUGUUCUGGAUGACCUGAAGGAGCAGAAGCAGACGCUGAUGGACCGCCUGGACCCUGAAGACAAGGAGUUGAUCAAAGAGCAGAGCAGCCACUUGGAGAGACGGUGGGCCCAGCUGGAGGGCCUGAUUGAAAAGAAGAUACAGCUGUCUGCCCUGACCCUGGAGGAGCUGAGCCAGUGCCAGGCCAAGCUGGACGACCUGCUGGAGUGGGCGGAUGCUCAGGCCCACCUCUUCGGCGAGGCCCUAAGGUGCAGCCCCCAGGCCGAGCUGGCCCAGACCCUGCUUCCGGACCACGUUGCCAUCUGCAAUGAGCUGGAGUCACAGGAGCUGGCCCAAGGGGCGCUGACGGAGGAGGCCGAGAGGAUCGUGGCCCACCUGGGCCUGGACGAGAGGCAGCGGCUACAGAGGGCCCUGAGCGCGUUGCACGGCAGGCUGGCCUCCCUGCGCGAGGCGGUGGGCCAGCGCAGGAAGUACCUGAGUAAGGCCUUGUCAGACCGCACCCAGUUCCUCAUGGCCGUCAGCCUGGCCUCCAGCUGGGUCCAGCAGAACCGGUGGUUGGCCACCUCCCAGGAGCAGGUGGCCCUCAUGCCGGCCGAGGUGGGCAAGCAGAUCCGGAGCUGCAAGAACAUUGGCGCCCGGCUGAAGGAGUACCAGACGGAUGUGGCAGCCCUGUGGGCCCAGGGCAGGGAGCUGGCCAAGGAGGAUGAGACAUCCGAGAUUAUGGCCCGGCUGCAGGAGCUCCAGGCUACGUACGACUCGGCCGUGCAGGAGAGCGCCCAGAGACUGCAGGAGCUGGAGAAGGUCCUGCUCUCCAGGAAGUACUUCAAGGCAGAUCUGGACAGGGUGUGCCAGUGGAUGAAGCAGGCUGACGUGGUCACCUUCCCGCAGGUCAGCCUGAUGGGCAGCGAUGCGGAGCUGUCCUCGCAGCUCGGCAGGUACCAACAAGUUCUGGAACAGUCCGCCGAGCAUGAGAACCUCCUGCUGCUGGUGCAGAGAGCCGGCCACGAGCUGCUGCCCUCUCUCAGCGAGGCUGACCACUCCUUCCUGGACGAGAAGCUAAAUGCCCUGCCCCGGCAGUUCAACCGCAUCGUCGCCCUGGCCAAGGAGAAGUCCGAGAAGGUCCAGGAGGCCGCGGCGGCCCGCCAAGAGUAUGUCUCUCUGGUCGAUCUGACGGUCAAGGCGCUGAGCGAGCUCGAGGAUCAGCUGACCCGCAUGAGCAAGGCCCGCCUCAGCCUCUCGUCGGAGGAGGCUGAGUCGGCACAGAGUGACUACAGGGCCCUCCUCGAUGAGCUGACGGGCCUGGGCAAGGCGGUCGACGACCUGAACCAGAGGAAGGAGACCUUCCGGAGCUCUGGCCAGCCCUGGAUGCCGGACGAGGUGGCGGCCCUGUCCAGCCUGUACAGCCGCCUGAGGCGACAGGCCGAGCAGCAGCUGGGGCUCCUGGGCGACACCCUGGAGGCCUACCGGGAGCACGAGGCCCGCUCGCUUAGGCUGGAGGCCGCGCUUCGCACCCUGGCCGAAGAGCUGGUCAAAACCAACGAGGAAACCCUGUCGGUGGAGGAGAAGCUGAAGAACUAUCACGCUCUGGCAGGGACGGUGCAGGAAGCUGGCUGUCUCCUGAAGGAGUUGAUCGAGCAGGUGGAGCAGUUUUCACCAGAUUUGGACAGCACGGCCCAUCCGGCAAGGAGCCAGCAGCUACAAGCCUGGAAAGAGGAGCUUCAGUCAGCGCAGGGAGCCAUCAGUACCAGGAUAAUGGAGUGCGAGAGCAGGCUGGUUCAAACAAUCGACUUCCAGACAGAAAUCCAACACACUCUGGAUUGGCUGCGGCAGAUGAAGGGAGACCUCAGUGCUGACUUGAACCUGGAUGUCAAUCUCCAGAGCGUCCAGGAGGAGAUCCGGAAAUCCCAGAUCCUUGAGGAAGAGGUGCAGUCAAGCCUUCGGAUCAUGGCAGCAUUGAGCGGUAAAGAGAAAGAGAAGUACGCCGAGUCCAGGGAGCUGAUACCUCCAGAGGUGGAGAGCAACCUGCUGGAACUUUCUAAGCUCGAGGCUGAAGUCCAGGAGACCCUGAGCAGCAAGAAGGUUAGUCAACUAAUUGGGAAUGGCGAGACAACCCUGGAUAAGGUGCAGGCUCUGAUCCAGCAGUACCUACGGGCAGUUCAGACUGCUGGUAGCUGGCUCGAUGAUGCCAGUGCCCUCUUACAGCAGACUGGAGAUGGCGUGGAUGUAGAGGGUUCGGAGGAAGCCUUGAGAAGGCACGUUGAGUUCUUUGCCACGGAAGCGGAGCUGGCCAGCCAGCUGGCAGAGUUGGAGGCACUAAUGCCCAGCUUCCUGCCAUUGAUCAACACGGCAGGGAGAGAACACGUGGAACAGAACUUGGCCUCGUUACGACAAAGGGGAGCAGACACCGAGCGACAAGCUGAGGCUCAGCAGGCCAUUCUCCAAAGGUAA